AUGGCAAAUGUCCAAGAGCUUAUUUCUCAGCAGGAAGAAAGAGCCAGUAAUUUUGAAAAAUUCGUCUCUACUAUAAAGAAGGCCCCUCUUGAAAGAAGAACGGAAGAGUUCUACAAGGGCAAACUUGAUGAACUAAGGCUGUUAUGGCAGAGUUUCGAGAAGGCAGAAAACAGAAUUCGCGAUGAUCCAUCAUUGUCGGAGGAUGAUCCGUAUAUUGCUCGGAAUCUAUAUAGAACGAUUGGAGAAAAGUUCAGCUCAACAAUGGAAUAUAUAGACGCGGAAAUGAAGAAACUGAUGUCUGCCAAAAGUAAGCCAGUUCCCACCUUGAGAGAGAAAUCGACUGAAGUUGUUGCAGGAGACAAAAUACCUACCCGUGUUGAUGGACUUGCCAGAAUGAUAAAUGCUCGAAUGAUUGCCCUUAGUCGUCACUUACAAGGCUUGGGCACAAUCGAAGCAGAACAGCCGAAGCAAUUUUAUAGCAUCAAAGAAGAUACUAUAAAGAAGCUAUGGAAUCAAAUAACGGAGCUCUACGAUGAAAUAUUGCAGCAGAUUGAAGAUCCAUCGAAAAUUGGAUUGAGUCAAGAAAACUACGAUCUGCUGGAAGAUUCGGUACAAGACAACUUAAUAAAACUAGCAGUCUUGAAAGACAAAUGCAGCGAAACCGUGACCAUUGCACCUCAACUGGGGAGUGACAUUAUAGCACACAGUUCACUCCCACUACCAAAGGUAACAAUUCCUCAAUUCAAUGGGGAUUGUUUGAAGUGGCGUCAGUUCUAUGAACUUUUCUUGGAGAUGGUAGACAAACAGUCUCUUCCAAGUGUUCAAAAAAUGUGGUAUCUCAAAACCAAUUUAUCUGGCGAGGCUAGCAAACUAAUCAGCCAUCUAUCCUUGACAGAGGAUAAUUACAAAACGGCAUGGAUGUUGCUGCAAGAACGUUAUAACAAUAAACGGGUUCUCGUUUCCACUCUGGUAGAACGGAUUCUGAGUCAACCAAAUGGAACCUCAUCAACGGCUUCCAUCAAGGCUCUGCAUGACACUACAAAGGAAUGCAUGCUAGCCCUCAACAAUCUUCAAAUCGACACUACGUCUUGGGAUGCUCUAUUGAUUCAAUUGAUCACAAAGAAAUUGGAUCACGCGCUGUACAUACGAUUCAUGCAAUCACUGACGAAUCCGAAGGAAGUUCCUACUAUGAAGGAGCUUUUUGCAUUUUUGGAACUACAAUUUGAGUCAAUGGAAUCGAUUGGAAAAGCGGCAUCUACUCACAAGGGUUCAAUCAAAACUGUUUCGUCCGUAAUAUCAGUGGAGGAUCACAGGAGUUGUAAACUAUGCAAGAACGACUCCCAUCCAAUUUAUCAUUGUAAGAAGUUCUUGGCGAUGACAGAAGGUGAGCGAUUGAAAUGGAUACAGCAACAAAAAUUGUGUGUAAAUUGUUUCAAAUCGGACCAUGUAGCAAAAACUUGUUUUUCUGGCAACUGCAAAAUAUGUAGUAAUAAGCACAAUACAUUGCUACAUUUGCCAAAAAAGUCUCAACCAUCACCGAAGGUUUCAAAUCAAACACCACCAACAAAAAGCAAUACCCUGUUACAUUUCACCACGAAAGAUGCAACAGGGGGCAGUACAUCAGUGCUGUCACCUCAACAGCCACAGACAGUGGCGUCGGCAAACAGGAGCCAGUCCUAUGUCCUUCUAGCAACCGCGAGGGUUUCCAUCAAGGCUAAUAACGGAAGGUCUUGCGAGUUCAAAGCUAUUUUGGAUUCCGGCUCACAGAUUAACAUCGUAUCAGAGCGAUUAGUGCAGAGGUUGGGCAUUGAGCCCAUAGAAGCGUCUCUCUGCAUCGAAGGUGUUGGAGGAAGAGCAAAAAAGUCUAAUCAAAGA